AUGAUCGACUCCAGCUCCAAGCAUCGGGAUAGAAAAGGGGCGGGAGGCAGAGCCGGGGGAGCAGCAGCGCGGAGAGGCCGCGACUCCCCUCGCUCCCUCCCACACGGCGGGCGCCCCUUCCGGCCGCCAUGUUGGCGCGUCCCGCGGCUGCGCACUCGGCGGAGCGGGACGAGGGGAGGGCUCGCUGUUUGUGUCCCCAGCGCGGAGGCCAUGGCGGCCGUGGCGGGGGCCGGCACAGGCUCCGGCUCCGGCACCGGCGGGGCCCGCGCCGCGACCACCAACAUCUUGGCACAGCUGCGGCACGGGCAGCUCAGCGGCCGCGGGCUGACCCGCGGGGCGCAGAUCACAGAGGCCUUGUUGAAGGAGAGAGAUAAACAGGCAAAAUGGAAUGGGAUCCCCUUGCUGUUGCAGAAGCUGUAUGAGCACAGCCACCCAAACAGCGACUUCUCCCAGUGCCAAAGCAUCCUAAAGGAAAUUUCUCCACUUCUCUCGAUGGAAGCCAUGGUUUAUGUCACAGAAGACAGAAAAGCUGCUCAAGAGUCCAGUUUCCCAAACACAUACACGUUUGAUUUGUUUGGAGGAGUCGAUCUUUUAGUAGAAAUUCUCAUGAGACCAACUCUUAUUACACAGAAAAAGAAGCAGAAAAUAAGUGAUGACCUCAUCAAGGACUGUUUAAGCAUACUGUACAACACCUGCAUAUGUACGGAAGGAGUCACAAGGCGGCUGGCAGAGAGAAAUGACUUUGUGUUGUUCCUGUUUACACUGAUGACAAACAAAAAGACAUUCCUACAAACUGCAACGCUCAUUGAAGAUAUCCUGGGAGUUAAAAAGGAAAUGAUCCAGCUGGAUGAUAUUCCCAACCUGGCCAGCCUGGUGUCCAGCUUUGACCAGCAGCAGCUGGCCAACUUCUGCAGGAUCCUGGCUGUCACCAUCUCAGAGCUUGAUACAGGCAGUGAUGACAAGCACACACUUCUGGCCAAAAAUGCCCAGCAGAAAAAAAACUUGGGCCCUUCCCGAGCUGAAAUUAAUCAAGCUACACUUCUGAAUAUUCCAGGCUUCAUCGAGCGGUUGUGCAAACUGGCCACAAGGAAGGUGUCUGAAACAACAGGGACUUCCAGCUUCCUGCAGGAGCUGGAGGAGUGGUACACCUGGCUGGACAAUGCCCUGGUGCUGGAUGCACUGAUGAGAGUGGCAAAUGAAGAGGCAGAGCAGAGCAGUACAGAGUCUUCAGAUGAGAGUGGACUGGCCAACACCUCCACAAGGACACAGCUGCCCCAGUCCAUGAAGAUCAUGCAUGAGAUCAUGUACAAGCUGGAGGUGCUGUAUGUUCUCUGUGUGCUGCUCAUGGGCAGGCAGAGGAAUCAGGUUCAUAAAAUGAUAGCAGAGUUCAGACUCAUUCCUGGCCUCAAUAACCUGUUUGACAAACUCAUCUGGAGGAAGCACUCAGCCUCAGCCCUGGUUCUGCAUGGACACAACCAGAACUGUGAUUGCAGCCCGGACAUUACUUUAAAGAUACAAUUCUUGAGGCUUCUUCAGAGCUUCAGUGACCACCAUGAGAACAAGUAUCUCCUUUUGAACAGCCAGGAGCUGAAUGAGCUGAGUGCAAUCUCCCAUAAAGCCAACAUCCCUGAAGUGGAUGCAGUGGUCAACACUGACAGGAGCCUUGUCUGUGAUGGGAAGAGAGGUUUGUUGACCAGACUGCUUCAGGUCAUGAAGAAGGAGCCAGCAGAAUCCUCCUUCAGGUUUUGGCAAGCAAGGGCAGUUGAAAGUUUUCUGCGAGGCACCACCUCCUAUGCAGACCAGAUGUUCCUCCUCAAGAGAGGGCUCCUGGAGCAUAUUCUCUACUGCAUUGUUGAUAGUGAGUGCAAGUCACGGGAUGUGCUUCAGAGUUACUUUGACCUUCUGGGAGAGCUGAUGAAAUUCAAUAUUGAUGCAUUCAAGAGGUUCAACAAAUACAUCAACACAGAUGAGAAGUUCCAGAUAUUUCUAAAUCAGAUCAACAGCUCUCUGGUGGACUCAAACAUGCUGGUUCGCUGCAUCACGCUGUCCCUGGACCGCUUUGAGAAUCAGUCUGAUGCUAAAGUUGCAGAGGUCCUGUCCGAGUGCCGCCUCUUGUCCUACAUGUCCCAGAUGUCCAUGAGAAUGUCCUUCCUCUUCCGUCUCAUCAAUAUUAUCCAUGUACAGACACUUACACAGGAAAAUGUCAGUUGUUUGAACACAAGUUUAGUUAUCCUAAUGCUGGCCCGAAGGAAAGAAAAGCUCCCUUUUUAUCUGCGCACCUUGCAACAGAUGGAAUACACAGAAAAAUACCCUGGCUUCAUCCUGAACAACUUCCACAGUCUGCUGCGAUUCUGGCAGCAGCAUUACCUCAACAAGGAUAAAGACAGCACCUGCUUAGAAAAUAGCUCCUGUAUUAGUUUUACCUACUGGAAAGAGACUGUUUCGAUACUGCUCAGUCCGGACCGGACGUCCCCCUGUGCCAUAGUCAGCUACAUCGACGAGGCGUACAUGGACAUUGACAGAGACUUCUCCGAGGAGUAAUUCCCACCUCCAGCUUCUGAUGGGCAGCUCGGAGGGUCCCUCACAGCCCGGGGAUUUUCAGGGAUACGCUGUGUAGUGUGUGUGUGCAGCUCGGAGCUGCGGAGCGUCGUCCCACCCCCACCCCUGCUGGCCCCCAGCUCUGACCUCUGAGACUCGGACAGCUCUCUGGGCAACACAUUCAGGGAUGUAUCUUCCAGUUGUUCUGGGAUAAAAAUAAUCACCUGCACAAA